AAUGGUCUAACUCAUCGAUCGUCCAUCACACUCAAAAUUCACAUGGUUGAUUAAGCUGAUGUGUCGACAUAACAUUUCGGUGCACGGAUAGAUACAUGAACAGCCUAUAAAAGUAGUAGUACUUUGGGGUGUGCAUAGCAAAUACUCGUUAUGCUAAAAACGGACUUAAAAGUAUUUGUGUGUGUCAUUUUGGGAACGAGAGGUUACUCUUUCCCAUCGUCAUUCUCCCCCACAAGUUAUAACACACACACGCACACACACACGGAAGCACAUAAAAACUUAGAGCAAUUCCGCCCCAAAAUCUCAGCAACAAAAGUUCACUCUCCGCCACGGAAGUAAAACCUAAAGCCUAAGACCUCAACUGGGGGAAAAAAAAAAAAGAAGACAGAAAAAAUUUGGAAAAAGAGAAAAAAAAGGAAAUGGAAACUCCUCCGCUCCCUCCGGUGCCGGCGGCGGCGGCGGCGCAGCAGAGCGUGGAUCUGUCUCUGACGUUGGCGCCAUCGUCGCCGCCGGCGUCGCCGCCGACGUCUUCGUGCCGCGACACGAAGGACGUGCGGCUCUUCCCCUGCCUCUUCUGCAACAAGAAGUUCCUCAAGUCGCAGGCGCUGGGCGGGCACCAGAACGCGCACAAGAAGGAGCGCAGCGUCGGCUGGAACGCCCACCUCUACAUGCCGCCGCCGCCAAUUCAGCCGCCGAUGCCGAUGCCGAUGCCGAUGCCGCCGACCGCCUUCCCCAUAUCCUCCCAUUCCUGCUGGUCCGUCACCGCCCCGCCGCCGCCGCCGCCGCCGCCUCUUCCCCCGCCCCCGCCGCAGUUGUUGUCUUCUUCCUCCUCUUCCCAUCACGGCCCCGGCUACGCGCCGCGCUUCGCCGCGCACCUGCCGCUGCUGGUGACCGUCAGCAGCAGCCGCGCAAAGUCCGCAGCCGCAGACCCCCCGGCCGGCCGCGACGAGAUGGUCGACUUGCUCAAUUGGCAGCGCGGCUCCCACCCCCCGCCCUACGCAUCGCCAGACGAAGAUCAAUCCGAGCUCGACCUCUCCCUGCGGCUCUAAAUUAAACACCCUGCUAGGCUCGUGUACUUUCUCUCUUGUCACUUUGAGAAUCCUUCUCUUCUCUCUCUCUCUCUCUCUCUCUCUCUCUCUCUCUCUCUCUCUCUCUCUCUCUUUUCCUCCUUUUCUUUUGUUUUGAUGUACCUUAAUUUUUAUGAUUAGAUGAUUAGAUUCUAGUCCUUAAUUUUAGAAAAGAAGAAAAAAAAUUUAGACGUUUUCGGGUAAGACACUUUUUUCUAUGCCUGUGGAUCGCCAAGAGUACACCUCAAUAAGACACGUCUAUUUUUUUUCAUUUUUAAAAUUUUGCCCGCAAUUUCAGCUGUACCUUCAAAAAAAUUUAUAAAUAUGCGUUUCAAGAUAACAAAGCCUUUUUA